AAAGCAGAGAAAAGGAAAAAAGAGAAGGGCUUAUUUCUCAAAUUCUCCGGUGACAGGUCUCACUGGUCUCUCUCCUCCUUUACAAAGCUAUUACAGUGAGAAGCAUAUAACACUUUCGGCCAUGGCAGCUCUGGCCAAGGUGGUGGCAAUCAUGAUAGCGUCUAUGGCCAUCCUAGCGACGGUGGCUGGCGGGGCUACCCCAGUUAUAGGCCCAACCCCCGUAGUGGGAGGUGGGACAACCCAAAUCCCAGCAGAGGGAGGAGCAAGCUGGUGUGUGGCUAGGAGCGACGCCAGCGAGCAGGGUUUGCAAACAGCCUUGGACUACGCGUGUGGAUCAGGCGCAGAUUGCACUCCCAUACAGACGUCCGGACUCUGUUAUCUCCCAAACACCCUUCAGGCCCAUGCCUCCUACGCCUUCAACAGCUUCUUCCAGCGCAAGUCCAUGGCUCCUGGCUCUUGCGACUUCGCCGGCACCGCCAACAUUGCCCGCACUGACCCCAGCUAUGGAUCUUGCGUCUACCCAUCUUCUCUAAGCUUUGAUAUUGCAUAUCUGCAGCACGGCAGGAGGGAUGUCUACUCCAGCUUCAACACCAUCCACACCAGGUGUUAUAUAUCCACCACCAUCGCCGAUUAGUUCUACACCACUCGCAGGCAUUUCUGGAGGAUACAAUCCUGGCUUGGGCCCUACAGUACCAACCACCAACAAUUCUGUGACUUCUAUGAAGUUGUCUGUUUUUUCUAUCUUAAUGCACAUCUCUUUCUUUCUUGCCUUGCUAUUUACUUUUCAACCAAUGUUAGUGUUCUAAGCAGAGUUGCAUUGUCCUAGCUCUGGAACAGGCUUAUACAGUUUUGCUAGAAGUUGGAGCCAUCUUUGCUUACUGUCAUUUAGCUUUCUUGAAUACCAUUCCUCAUUUGGUUUUCUUUUC